AUUUUUGAAAGAAGACGUAACUGAUUACAAUUAAAACACAUCCCUGUCUGCUUUAAAAGCGAACAAUUAUAUUAUUUUGGAUUAAAUAGCAGUGAAAAAUGACGUCAUUUAUAAGAUGCUAUACCUUUGUUUUCAUCAUGACGUCAUCAUAUUGUAAAAUGUUCUAAAUAUUGAAAUUUGACAUGAAAAACAGGAAUCCGUUACUAUGGAUAUUGAUAAUGUUAAUGAGGUGCUGCACGGCAAGUACUUCCGUGUCUUCAGAUUUUACCAUCCAACCGUCACUUGACAUUUCAUCUAACAUCGGAAGUGACGCCACAAAGAGCAUAGCUUUCACAACCCCUUUUCUUACCACCGAAUCAUCUGGAGUUCAAUAUGAAACAACAUCAAAUAAUGUCCAAUCAUUUACAGUGCUGAGUAAAAUUUCACCCACAUCAACUAAUCAAAUAGCAACAACUGACUUGCUUAAGGGCGAAGACUCGACACUGUCACAUUCUGGCGAUGGAGAUACAAUUCAACAAACAUCAACCUAUGAAGGUCUAAAUACAUUGCCUACAACGAAACUAGAUUCUGUGAUAAAUGAUUCUUUAACUGAAAUGAAAACAUCAUCACGCAGUGUGAAUAGUUUUUCGACAUCAUUAAUAUUAUCCGUGAACUCAUUAGAAAUUGUAUCUAAAUCGAUUGAUGUUGAAAUAAAGAGCUCAACCGACACCGAAUCUGCUCAAGAAACUAUCAACAUGAGUUCACAUUCAAGUUUAACAACAUCUCAUGCACCACAAGAUACAAUUUCAAAAAGUUCAACAUAUUUACAUAUGUCAUCGUCAACAUCAAAUGUAAAUCUACAAAAUGCUAAAUCAACAGAUGGUUUAAGCUUAUCAAAAGUAAGCAGUGUUUACGAAAGUGAUUUUCAAACAUCCUUAGUGUUAACAAUAUCAACAUCACUUUCAAAGACUGCCAUGCCUUUAGCUUCCGAGCUAUAUACAAAUAUAUUAAAUGAAGGCACAACUUCAUCUGUUACAGCGUUUAUAUCAACAGAUUCAAGUGUUUUUGAAACUGAGAAUAUUCACCCUUCGGAAUCAAAUUCUGUGCAUAUUCAGUCUGUGAUAUCAAGAUCAUUAUCAAGUCAACCAAAAUCAUCAGAGACUGUUAUAUUCGUCGAAUCAGACACAAUGACAACAUUUGAUUCGACUACUGCAUCAGAAAAAAUAGAACCAACGCCAACAAUAUCAGUCAUCUCAGGAACAAGCCAACCUUCAGAUUCAAUAGCAACAUUGUCACAGUCAGUUGCGCUUGGUUCAAGUUCUUCAGGAUUAUCUGUACCUAUUGUAGCUAGCUCAAUGUCUAGUUUUGAAUCAUUUACACAAAUUAACCCGUCUCCUGCUUCAAUGUACUCGGAUGCAUUGAACACGUUAUCGAUUUCAUCUUCCGUUAUCGAUGGAGUUAUAGAUUCAAAUUCAGCUUCUUUUCAAACUUUAUCAACAUUGAGUGUUUCUGAACUGACAACUGGUGCAACUUUAAUCGCGUCACCAACUGGCAUAUCUGGAAGUACAUAUUACGGUAAGCUAAACAGUGGGCACUCUAAAGAAACUGUAUUCACUUAUUUUAACAGUUCAACUGUAUCGUCACAUUUAACACAAAUUAUUGACUCGAACAGAAAUAUUGUCAAUUCACAGAGCUCUGACAAAGUUAGCACUGACUUGAACAAGAUAUCGGGCACAGUAAUUGCUCCGUCUGCAACCUCUUCGUUUUUGAUUUCAACCGUUCUGGUGUCAUCUUUAACACAAUUUUCAUUUGAAUCUUUUCAAUCCGAUCCUUUACAAGAAGUCACAAGGACAUUAAAAACAGUAAACACCGUAAAUUCACUAUCUGUUCAUGAAUUCCUGUCAACAAUAUCUUUAACCAAUUUGCAAAUAAGCAUGUCACCUUCUUCAAGCAUGCAUUCUUCGUUAGCAUCUGUACCUUCAAAUAGUUUGAAUGACACAGUAGAUACAAUGAGUGUACUGACUAACAGCGUACACGUAUCAUUGACUCAAAGUAUUACGAACUACAGAACGGUACAAGAUAUUACCAACACACAUUCAGCUGUUUCACCAAGUGGAAGUGUAGCUUUUUCUGGUGACUCAUUUAUUCGACUGACCCAAACUAGCGGUAUCACAACUUCCAGUACGAUAAAUAAUGUGGGCUCAAGCAUGUCAUCAUUUUCACAAAGUAGAUUACUGAGCACUCAACACUCAAGUUUGUUACAAAGCGAAAUUUAUUCUACACCAUCAAGCACUACUUUAACUGUAAAUAAUUCUUCACUGUCUAAUAUUUUCAGUAGUGAUAAUUUCUUGCCCACAUAUGUUAUUGACAGUACAAGCUUGUCUUCACAGACAGGUCUGCAUACAACUUCUCUGACACGGGAAUUGUUUGUGACGAUGGAUACAAUAAAAACAAACGCAAUGUCGUCUAUAAAUGUUUCUAAAUCCGGUGUACCAAGUUCAACACACGAUGCCGCUGUUUCAACAAGUGAAAAUUCACUGUUGCAUUUAACCAGUAUUUGCCCUUCCCACACAAGUAUUUUCCAGAGUUUGUUCAGCAUGACAGCUGAAGAAAACACAAGGGUCUCAUCAAUUUUUUCUAUAAAGAGUAGUAAAAUUUCCACGAAAACCGUCGUAACUGCACCAAUUGAAAGCAACACAGAAGUUCUGCAAACAUUGACAAUAUCUGAGACAACACUAACUUAUUCGGAUACAUCGCCGUCGACGACAAUACAAAGCAUAAUUAGUAAUGGCUUAUCAACUGAACCGUAUUCAAUGAUGUCCGACUCAACAUUUUCAAUUACACCAGUGUUAGAGGGAAUAUCCUCUUCACAAUCAGAAUCAAAAAGUAACCCUUUGACAGAGAGAUAUACAACGUUAAGAUAUUUAAGCUCAAUAUCUAGCGACCAAGUUGAAAUUACUACGAGUACUAAGAGUGACAUUACUCGCAUUACAAGUUUGAAAUCGUUGGAAUUGUCAUUAUCAAAACGCACAGAUGUAUCAUCCUCGUUAGCAUCAAAGAGUUCACUACUAUCACCUUCAUUUGAUACUUUACCAGCACAAACCACCUAUAGUGUUCUCCCACCGACAAGUUUAACGCCCUCGCUCACCAUAGUUUCUACGGACUUUUCACCUUCAAUUCCUUUGGUAUCGUCGGCACUCACUUCAGAUAAAAUAAGUUCAAUACCAACCGAAAAUAUUUCUUUUAUUUCAGCAUCAAGCGUUCAAAGCACAAAUUUGGAGCAAACAGAUAAAGCAGUUUCUUCUUCAACGUUUGUCUCGCCGAUAGUUAUAUCCUCAUCUACAGUUUUAUCAAGUUUGUCAGGAGUUGUAUCAAAAUAUCCGAACGAUACCUCUACUAUGAUCUCAAAAACCACUGAAACAUUAUCAGAAUAUAUAGAAACAUCACAUACUGCUUCAUCUUAUUACGUGAGGCAAACAACAGAUCAAAGUAUAGAUCGAUCGUUUGGAGCCGGUAAUACAUCUUUGUCACUUCCCACUGUUACAUUAACUUCAUCAGAAAUAUCAAUAGAUAAAACUUUAACAAGCUAUGUAAUAAAAAGCAGUUCACCGAAUUUAAGUCCAAGCACUUAUUUCAAUAGCGUAAGCACAGUUGAUGGGAAAUCGAACGGGUCAAUUUUUGUAACAUCAAGUUACAGUCAAGUUUACCUUUCUCCGAAUAGAUCGAGUGUGAUGAAUUUUACAAUGUAUACUACCUCAGAGUUUACACUAGUGAGCACACAUGUGACAGAGGUUUCUUCACUUUCUGUUCUUUCUGAUUCAACUACUAGAUCGCAAGUCACAACAACUAUCUUUCCAGAUAAUCUUUUGUCACAAGUAGAAAGCACCUUAGUGUCCAAUCAACCAAGUAUUUCCGCUUCUUCUUUAGAACAAAGCAGUAGUUUUUCUUUACUGUCUACGUCAACAAAAAGCGGUACAAUCUACAAGACUGAUUUUCUGAUUUUGUUAAGCACUUCAGUAGACUCACAUAGUUUGUCAACAUCACUGUAUCAUCUAUCAACAAUACAGAGCGGUACCAUCGAUACAUCAUCAGCAACUAUUAGACAUGAGAGUAGUUUAUCUCCUUCAUUUUCACAUGUCAGUUUCUACACUGAAUCAUUCACGCAGAGUUCUAUUCAUCCCAUCGAUUAUACGUCACAAUUUCCAAGUAUGAGUACCUUGUUGCAUUCAUCUACGACACCAAGUGUUCACACUGAUAUAACAAGCUAUUUAACGACUUUAAACAAUCUCACAUCUGAUGUUGUAUCAAGGAGUAGUUUAGAAAUAGCAACACAAGUUAGAUCAAGCACUGUAAAAACAUUAGAAAAUAUAUCGACGACAUCUCAUUUGCAAUCCAAAUUGACAAUUUCAGGACUUUUGUCAGAGUCAUCCCAGACAGAUACUGCAAUACAUUCCACCAGUGAACCUGCUGCAACAAGUACUCAGAUAACCUCUUCUCAGACAUUAUCGUCGGCAAUGCCAAAUGACUCGCGUACUUUAUCUAGCUAUGUGACAUCAUUCAUACCAUCAUUUUUCCAAAAUAAAACGUUGUCAUCCGAUAUGCAAAUAGAAACCAGCUCUUCAUCAAUUUUAAUUACUUCAGUGCCAUUAACAUCAACAUUUGUAAGUAUAUUUACCUUAGGAAGCUCUACAUUUUUACCUGAUGCAACAACUAAAGUACCAAUAACAAAUUCACGACCCUUAUUAACUUCAUCAAAUAUGUUGAAGUCAUCAUCAGCUUUUUCAACACAAUGGUCAGAAAAAGGACCAGGGUCUUCAUCAUCUUCAUCAAGUAAAGAAAACUUGUUUACAUUAACGCCUUUACUAUCGGCAUCCAGUUCCGCUAUGAACACGAUGCCAGUCUCUAGCUUUGGUUCAUCACUUACCAAACAAUUCACUGACACUGAAAAUAUUCGUACUUCCGGAAUAACAAUAUCUGCACCGAGAACGCUUUCAGCCCACACACCAACGUCGACAACAACAUAUUCAUCAGUGCCAUUUGCAUCUUCUGUGUCGACUUCUUUAUCUGAAUUCACUUCGAUACCAACUUUAAUAUCGACGCCUGUUUCGUCUAUGAUGAUAAAUCAUGCGUCAACGUCUUUAUCGACUUCAUUUUCUAUGCCGACACCCUUAACGCCGUCGAUACCAUUUUCUGUGCCGAGUUCUUUAUCGACAACGAUGUAUACAUCGACUUUUCCAUCAGCUUCUGUAUCGACAACAGGGUCCUUUUCAGCGUCAAAAUCAUUUUCUGUAUUUACGUCUUCUUCAGUUUACAUACCAGGUUCUGAAUCAACGUCUUUAUCAACUUCGAUAUCAGUUGAUGCAAUUACUCCUUUAUCAGCUUUUCUACAAAGUUCUGAAUCAACGUCUUUAUCAACUUCGAUAUCAGUUGAUGCAAUUACUCCUUCAUCAGCUUUUCUACAAAGUUCUGAAUCAACGCCUUUAUCAACUUCGAUAUCAGUUGAUGCAAUAACUUCUUCGUCAGCUUUUCUACAAAGUUCUGAAUCAACGUCUUUAUCAACUUCGAUACAAAUGUCUGAAUUAAUGUCUUCUUCAGCUAACAUACCGAUAUCUGAAUCAACGUCAUUAUCAACUUCGAUAUCAGUUAAUACAUCAACGCCUUCGUCAGCUUUCAUACAAAUUUCUGAAUCAACGUCUAUAUCAACUUCGAUAUCAGUUAAUUCAUCACCGUCUUCGUCAGAUUCGAUACUUAUUUCUAAGUCAACACUUUCAUCGGCUUCGAUUCCAUUUUUCGUAUCAUCUCCUAUAUCAAGUUCUGAAUCAACACCUGUUUUCACUUUGAUGUCAAGUUCUAAAUCAACUUUUCAAUUUCAAUCAAGUUAUUCAACAAAGAUGCUAUCGUUUACAACAUCAUUAGAUCGUUCGCAAGCUGUUUUAACUACAUCAAAUUUUACAACGAUUCAAACAUCAACAUCGACAUUGAGCUCACAAUUCUCGUCCCCUGUAUCACUAAUGACGUCAUCUUCGGACAUGAUCUUAACAACUCGUAAAAUAUCGCCCUUAGAACCAUCCUCAACUAUCCAAACUUCAUCCGAAUCGAUGGAAGUAUUGCCGUCAACAUUAACAAUGUCUUCAAUGUCAUCAGAGAUUUCGACAACACAUAUAAGUGACUCAUUUGUCACGGAAAUCAAAUCAACACCAGUGUAUUCAAAUGAAACAUCUAUCUCAAAAACAUAUUCGUUGUCCGCAAGCUCCCCUUUAGUAAUAUCUCUAAUAAAUGAAUCAACAAUUUUUAUAUCAACAUCGGCAUCCUCAACGGCACCAGUUUCAUUCAAUUUUGUCUCGGUUUCUAUGACUUCUGUUACAAGUAGCGUUCUUGUGGUAACAAGCAGUUUAAUCCUAACAACAACGUCACAACCACCUGAACAAACAACUGUAAAUGCUACAAAUGCGAAAGAAUCAAACUGGGCGAGAACUGUGUUAAAGAUUCAACGCUAUAUAAACAUAUCGGACCCUAGUUUUGUGAGAGAUCUUGAAGGAAGACUUGCGGAGGCCUUCAACGAGGCGUUUAUACGUCAGAAACUUAUAAAAGAAGGGAAGUUUGAACCGCUACAAAAAAGACGUCGUAAGAAGAGAUUUACAAGUGUAGGAGAUGCGUCAGUUCACAUACAUGACGUCAGCCGUGUGGAGGAUACGACGAAGGUGACAGCAGUAUAUGCUGUCGAGAGGACAGACAAGGUUCUAACAGCCGAGGAAGCUGUUACUGCAUUAGAUGUCCUUGAUAAACAAGAACUGGCAAUCAUUCUGAAACAAGUGGUAGAUGUUAAAGCAGAGCCAUAUACUCAAGCUGAGACGCCCUCUGAACCGGAAGACGAAACUUCCCAAUUGUUGCUGUAUGGAGCUAUUGCCGGCGGUGUCGGCGGGACCAUAAUACUUAUAUGGAUCAUUGUUUGUAUAUACUGUAAAUGCUGUCGGCAAAAAAGCACAGAGGAGGAUGCCGAGCCAGAACUUACCUCUAUACAGCCUCAGUCGUCUAAAAGCAAGGACUCUGUAGUGAAACCUUUAACCGUCACACCUAAGCAGAAAACGCUAGUUCCGCAGGGAAGUAAGUUCAGUUUAAGGAAAGGUCGGACUUACGAAAUAAAUGAUGGAUUUGUGACGGACGAAAAAGCAGAUGAGCAGACUUUGUUAAAAUCGCCAAGAAAGAAAAAGUUAGAAACCCCCGAGUCACCAUACCAUGGAUCAUCGUCUGGUACCCCUGUCAUACCUAAAAAGGAAUUGGUUCCGCCGGCGGUAAAGAAGGGAAGACGUAACAGCAAGAAUAGCAUAGGUCCUACUACGGAAGGUUUUGAGAACGAAAUUAUGAAAUUUAAUUCACCAAGAAACGACAGAAGUCAGAUGUUCCAGUCUAGCAUAUCUGAGGACAGCGAAGACACAAAACUGCAACUAAAAUCAGAGAGGAAGAAAAAUAAGGAAAGGAUGGCCGAGAAAUAUGGCCCAGAACUAGAAGCUAAACUGACAAGGAGGGAACAGCCGAAAACGGAAAGCAAUAUUCUUGGAAUGCCUAACACCACUGUUCCAAGUUUUAUUAUUGAAAGGCUACAUGGUGUAGAUAUAACAGAUAAAACCACAGAAGAAUGUGUGUUUUCAAACCCCGAAACUGUGAUUUCCAGAGACGCUACCAAGUCAAAGGAAUUUGUAAGACAAAUCAGAGCAAAGCCGUCAACGAGAAGAACAAUUUCUCUGGACCUUUCCAAAGAUAAAAGUCACGGACAGAAAAACGUCUGGGAAAGAAGGGCGUCUUUUCAGUUUCAGCUUAAUGAUAAAAUAAUUGAUGAAAUAAUUCCAAAUUUAGGACACGGAACUUUGUAUAACACAAAAUCGGGAGAGCCUUUAUCGGAAACUAUAAAUAGGAACCUCCAACAAAGAUGGACCGAACCCACUGUGGAUUCUGUUUCAGAGUUUAAAGUGGAAAGCGAUGACAGUAACAGUUUAAGUCAGAGUAACAAACAGGAUGAUGAACUGUCUGUUGACUUAAAUUACUUGUUUGUGAAUUCACAUGAUCUGGGAACACCAAACAGUCUUUGUUCUCUGUCUUUAAAUAAUUGUUCACUUGAAAGUGGAAGUCCUGUAAGAGGAUCUAUACCACUGUCAACAAAACAAUCAGAUGGAAACACAUCAGCAGAUGAAAACCUUGAAGUAGCCAGAAAUAGGAUGCAUAAGCUCCUUGAUGAGGCGUUUUCCUUGAUCUCUCCAAGAAAUUCUUUAACAGAAAAUGACCUUAGCAAACAGGCAGCGACGAAUCAAACAAAGCCACUGGCUGAGAAGUCUAAAGGAAGCAAAUCUUCAUCGCACGUUGUGGAUGUCAAUAAAGCUAUGGAGACAUUGAAAGGUUUCACUAACCCGGGUUAUACAAGUUCCUAUAGUGAGUUCUUGGAGACAUGGAGCCCAUACAGGUCGUCCGACCAGGUGGCGCUAAUAUCCAUGCCACAUAAACCGGAACCAGCCGUUACAAGGUUGGGUAACAAGUCUGACAAACGCCUAAUGACGUCAUCCAUUGCUGCAAAUGGUUCCCGGAGACCUGCAGCCAACCUAGAAAUCUCAAAUAUAAAGAGUAUCAGUGAGGCACCAGAGACAGGCAAAUAUGCAACGACUUCCCCAAAGCCAAUUGUGAUACGAACAAAAGAAGAUGCACCUAACUCAAGACUAGCAUCUGCAAAAUCUAAUAGGAUAUCCAACGAAUUACAAAACAAUAGAAACUUUUCAGCAACUGCUCUUAAUAGUGAUAUAUUCAAUCGCGGCAGCUCAACAUCACUUAAUAAACCAGAACCACAAGUAAGACAAACAAAUGAUUCUUUGGAGAUGCAAACAUUGAAGAGAAAUCGAAAGAAUUCAAUCCGGUCUCAACGGGAGCCGGAGAUAGACAAUAGGAACAGAGAAGCAAUUGAUGUGAUUAAAAACAUUAAACCUGAAGAGGCGAAUGAUAAGUUAUAUAAAAGUUUAAAAGAUGAGAUUAAAGGAGUUGGUACGGCGGAGACAACUGAAGAUGAUAUCAAUAAAAAGCCUAUAAGGAGAAGGAACCGCAAAGCCCAUUCCAAACCAAUGACUGAUAUAGUUUAGGAAAUAGCAUGGUGAUCGUC